GGCUCUUCAGAAAAGAAAAGAAACUGGAAAGGAUAAGAGAAAGUAGAGAUCAGUGUAGGCUAUAAUUCUUUAUUAGUUGGAGACAAGUAAGAGUUUUUUAUUUCAUUUUUAAAUACGAUAAUUAUUGUGUUGAAUACAGCAAGUUUGGAUUAAACUAAUCCCCACUUGAAUACAUGGUGGAUGUCAAUCAAUGUUCACUGGAUGUGUUUGCCAUUGGCCGGAGCAAACACUCAUCAAGGUCCUCCCUUUCCCCUAUCUCUGUCUUCCCUCGGCUUUGGACUUUGCAAGGUUCUAAGGUGAUUUGGACUUCUAGAGGUGAUUGUUAGUGCAUUGUGGAAGUCGAAUUUAGUAUAUAUUCCUUUCUCUUUUUGUUGAGAUUUGAUCCAGCAUUUGAAAAUCAAGAGAUCUUAUUGAGAGAGAAACAGCAUGUUGAGGCAGGUGUCCAGUAGGAACCAGAGAGGAAAAGGGGGUCUGAAGAUGAAGAAUGCUCUUCAAGUCUGCCUGGUGAUUGCCAUCUGCAUUUGGCUGAUCUAUCAGAUGACUCACUCUCGUGGCAAGAAGAAAAUAUUUGAAGAGGGGAGCUCAAAAGCAUUAUUCAAGGCAGGCGAGAGGCCGAUCGAUGUUGAGAAAUUUAGCAAGCAGGAACUCUCUCAGAUGAAUAAGGUCGAGGCAAUUAGGGAGAUGCAGAAUGGUGAUGAAGAAGUUGAGGAUGAAGGUGAAGAAUCUACUGGAGAAGCCAGGGAAGAAGAAGAAGAAGAAGCUGGGCAUGAAGAGUUUGGCGAACAUGAUCAUGAUGAAGCGGCUCAAAAGAGGGAAGAGAAUGAAGAAGCAUCUCAGGCUGCGCGAGAGAGGAGUUUCAAGGCCGACGAUGCAUCCAGUGCUGUAGCUCAUGUGACCCAAUCGAAUGAACCAGCAGAAACUGAGUCUGAAAAUGAAGCAAUUUGGAAGAACCUCGACGAAAAUGCAGGAGGAAACAAUUCAAGCAUCGUUCACCAAGGAAUUUCCAUUUUGCAAAAUCAUACGGUCGCAAAGACAGUUGGAGCUCCAAUGUUACACAGCAUCUCGUCGCAAAAUAAGACGACAGUUGAAUCGAAAAAUGAGGGACAACAGUCUGGUAUACGAGUUUCAAGCACCAUGAACAACCAAACAGCUGCAGGUGAAAUGCCGGUAUCUGUAGAGCAGGCUCAAUCUCCUGCUAAGCUCACAGUGAAGGUGGAUCCAAAUAAUGUCACAAUUUCACAAUAUCAAACAACUGUUGUUCGUGAACAAAUAAACACAACAAAGAUACUGAACCAGGAGGGGGAAGUUCCCAACUUGAAGACCAAAAGAGCGAUGGAGCAAAAGGACUCUGAAACUUCUUCAGCUACCAAUGAGAUUAACAAAGCUGUUGGAUUAGAAGCUGGCAAUUCUCUGGUAUCCCUGGAGAGAAAUAGAGACGUGAAUGUAGAUGCAUUGAGUUCGUUGGACAUCCAAAGCAAAGCACAAAGCAGCAAGCCGGGAGCCAUGGCAGCAUAGAGAAAGUUGGCAGAAGGAAUUUGUGAACAGUUUGUUUCAUUUUGCUUCCUGAAUUCUUCAGAGCAAAACUAAAUUUACAUUGUUUUCGCUAACAGAGGAAUGUCGCAUGUUUUGAAUGAUCUUUAAGAUCUGUAUGUGAAAGAAGCUCCAGUUCAACUUGGCGCUUUUGC